UUAUGAUAUAAUUUCUCCCUCCCCACCAACCAACCCAAUAGUUCCACUAUAAAUUACGCCCUUUUCUCCAAACUACUCAACACAUCCGCCAAGCCAAAUGGACUCAAGUGCCUCAACCCUCGUUCUUCCCCCCCCAUCCGUCCUCAAAACUCCGACAGAGGAGCCAGUUUUCGACAUAUCCCUCCUGCAGAAACAGCCAAACCUGCCCGCACAAUUCCUCUGGCCUCGCGAGGACACCUACUUUGCUCAAGAACAACUCCAUGAUCCUCCGGUAGACCUAAAGGGCUUCCUCGAUGGCGAUCAAGAAGCAACGGACCUCGCUGCCCGGCAGAUCAAGAACGCCUGUCUCAGCCAUGGCUUCUUCCAAGUCAUCAAUCAUGGCGUCGAUGCAAGUGUCAUUGAAGCGAUGCAUCGACAUACGGACACCUUCUUUAAUCUCCAUGUUAGCAAGAAGAUGGCUCUAUUGAGAAAGCCCGGGGCUCUUUUUGGAUACUCGGGGGCACAUGCCGAUAGGUUUUCAUCCAAUCUUCCAUGGAAAGAGACCUUCUCCUUUAUCUACGAGCAUGCGGAUGGCCCGGGGCACGAUUUGGUCGACUACAUCACGUCGGGUCUAGGCCAAGAUUUUGAAGAAGCGGGUCGUGUUUAUCAGAAGUACUGUGAAGAAAUGAAAAAGUUGUCACUGGUGAUCAUGGAGCUCUUGGCGAUUAGCUUGGGAGUGGAGCAACUUCACUUCAGAGAAUUCUUCCAAGAUGGGUGCUCAAUAUUGAGGUUAAACAACUAUCCACCUCACAAAGAAGCUGGCCUCACUCUUGGAACCGGACCUCAUUGCGAUCCAACUUCCCUAACAAUACUCCAUCAAGACAACGUCGGAGGUCUCGAGAUCUUUCUCGACAACAAAUGGAUAGCCAUUCCCCCUUUUCCCGACUCCUUCGUUGUUAACAUUGGCGACACAUUCAUGGCACUGAGCAACGGGAAAUACAAGAGUUGUCUGCACAGGGCAGUGGUGAACAAGGAGAGAGUGAGGAGGUCAUUCGCGUUCUUCAUGAACCCGAGAGACGACAAGACAGUGCGGCCCCCUCCGAAUCUCGUACGCAGACAAGAGGCAAGACAGUACCCGGAUUUCACGUGGUCGGAUUUGAGAGAGUUCACGCAGAACCACUACAGGGCUGACGCCAAUACCCUCCAAAAAUUUGUCAGACUGGCUCGCGCUCCGAGGAAACAACGGGGCUUCUACCUUAGAUGUUUGAUGUGCUAUGUGAAAAGUUCUUUCUUAAAUUAAAUUUGAUCGAAUUAAAUUAAUUAUAAAGCAAGUAUGAUAUACUUGUUAUGUGAUUGGUCAUUAUAUGAAUUAUAUAUCAAUCACAUUGUAAGUACAUUAUAUUUGUUAUGUAAUUGGUUCAAAUUCGAUUAAUUUCGAUUUAAGUUACCUUUUUUUUUGUGCUUGAAAUGUUUUAAUUUUGGGGGUGGAGGUUGGGGGGUUCCGGUUGGUUUGGUUUAAUUAAUGAAAAGAAUUAAUGUGUGUGUGUGUAGGAGGAGACGAGGAUGAGUUUGGUUUGGUUUUAUUUUCGUUUUUGUCUUUCUUUUGGAUGGAUUGAUUGUAGUAUUCGAUGGUUUGCAUGGUUGAAAUGAAUCAUUACAAGUUUUUUUA